CUUAAGUGUUGUUGAUAUAUGGUUACUGUAUUAUAGUGUAAUAUGGAAAGUAUCUGGGCUGGCCUUCUGACAAAACUGAUGCUGAUACGAUAUAUUAUAACAGAAUGUACGGGGUCCAAUGAACUGAAAAUUAACUUUUGUCAAAACAGUUUAACCAGUGCAACGUCAUGUCCCUCCAAAUCCGUUGUAAAGUGCUUUGUAGAAACAGAAACAAUUGCUAAAGACACAGAUGUUGACGUUUUGUUCAGUAAUCUACAAAACCGACUAGAACAAACACAAUGCAGAUUGAAGACUCAGAGUAAUGGAAGUAGGAUCAUGGAUUGCUUCACACUCAAUGUUCUCUCUAUGUCAACUGCAGCUUCCCCACCAAAUUGUAUUGAAAGUUCAACACCACAGAUACAAAAUGAGAACAGAGAAGAGAAGAAGUCCACAGAGAUGUAUCGUAUUUCUAUAGCUCUGGCAGGCUUUGGUGGUAUUGUGUUUGGUGCUGCUGCUGCUAUAUUUACCAUGUCUGCUGUAGCUAAGAGGAAGCAAAUCAGAAAGAGAAGGAAGGGGGCCACCUUUAUAAAUGCUACAUACGAACACAAUGAUAUUGUAAUUCCCUCUAAAGCAUCAGGGGAAUUAAAUACAGAACUAAGCCCUUCUGACUUAGGAAAAGAUACUGAGCCAACAAACAGACAUGGAAGUCAUCUUCCCGCAGUACAACAAUAAGGUAUACCUUACACAACAAGCCAACAAAUUCAUCCUUCAAGUUAAUGCAACUUACAUGGGACGCAGAGUCUAUAUGCAAGAAAAGAUGGAGGAAGAAUUAAAAUAGGAGAAAGCCUUAGAGGUGGCUCCUAUAGGGAAAAAAUAAAUUGAAAAAGGAAGAAAAUCAAAAACACUUCGUUUUACAGUAUCUUUCUUUAUUUCUAAACAUUGUGGGGUAAACAUUUUGAAAUAAGUGAAAUAAGUAUCAAUGUUUUUACAUCAAUAUUUUGUACAUCUAUUUUAAGAGAAAUACUUUUCUGAAAUGAGCAGGUGACAUUUCUUUUUCUCUUUUUCUUUAAAUCUUAAUGAUUUGACUAUUUUACAUAGGGUUAUUUGCAUCGUGAAUAGACUGUAACAAGAAUUACGUUAACUUUGUUGUCAAGAAAAGAAAUGUUUAUUUAACUGGGUGAAGGGAAUUAUUUUUUCUCUAGAAUAUUAUUAAAUGAAAUAAAA